AUGAAUGUCAAAGCACCUACCAUGACACAAUAUUUAGAGUUAUAUUCAACAUAUCCACAAACAUUAAAAUGCCCAUGUAAACAAAUAUCCAUGAAUUAUGACACAUUUCUUUCUAUUGAAUAUACAUUUCACCAAGUAUGUACAAGUGUUUUUAUUACCCAAGAUUGGAUUAAUUUCCUAAACCAAGAAUAUUAUUAUGGAGGCGAUUUAUAUGUUGACGAUUAUCGUUUGACAAGUAUAUUUACAUUUCAAGCUUUAAAUACAUUUUGUGGAUUAGCCAUUCAGACGACCUCUAUUCGUCUGAGUCAGUUUUAUUCAACUCAGUAUGUUAGUGCAUUUGUAAUACCAUCAGAAAUAUUUGACCCACAAGUGCAGACAUUGGUAGAGCAGUUUAUAUCAUCAACAACUCAUGAUUUUUCGUUGUCAAUAUCUACAGUAAGAGACACAACUCAAAGUAAUGCUUUAUUCUCUAGCCAACAAACUAACUAUGAAAUGUAUCUGUUGGGCGGACGUGGUUAUGCAUAUACAGAUCCAUGGUCCUAUGGUGAUUGUAGUUGUUCCUUAUCAGCUACAUGUAUCGAACAAUCAUCAAUGUUUCGAUAUUCUAAUGGAAGAGUAUUAUAUUCCGUACCUGGUAUGUAUACUGGAUGUUAUAUAGUUGAAUCACUACUUCAAUCCAAUCUUCAAUGUUUUUAUAAUCAAACUUGUAUAAAUAAAGUAGUAUCAUAUUUCGUAACACGUCCACUAAUGAAUACAACAGCUCUUAAAAACUCAUUACCAAGCCAGUUUUUGCCAAACUCAACACUUAAAGAAGUUAUCAAUGAGAUAAUGGUUGAACAAUUUAUUCCAUCAAUAAUAUAUAAUAGUUAUUACAAUGCAUGUCAGCCAACAGAAUGUACUUACACUUAUCAAACAAAGAAUAGUAUUAUCUAUAUUGUAACGACACUGAUUGGUCUACUUGGUGGUUUGAUAACAGUAUUGAAGUUGAUCAUACCACCAGUAGUGAUGUUUAUAAGAAAAGAGAAAGAACGAUCACGACCAGACAUUGCUAUCCUUCUAUUAUAUACUUCUUUGAUUAAUGUAACACAAACUGUGAAUGUCAACGCACCUACCAUGACAAAAUAUUUGGACUUAUAUUCAACAUAUUCACAAGCAUUAACAUGCCCAUGUAAACAAGUAUCUAUCAGUUAUAAUACAUUUAUUUCCAUUGAAUAUACAUUUCAUCAAAUAUGUACUAGUGUUUUUAUUAGUCAAGAUUGGAUUGAUUAUCUUUCUAAAUCUUACGGGAGCAAUGGCGUACAUAUGCAUGACUUUCGUGACACAAGUCCAUUUACAUUUCAAGCCUUGAGUACUCUUUGUGAUUUAAUCAAUCAAACCGUCUCUAUUCGUCUGAGUCAGUUUAAUUCAAGUCAAUAUGUUAGUGCAUCUGUGACAUCAUCAGAUGUGUUUAAAUCUCAAGCUCAGUCAUUGAUAGAUCAAUUCAGAUUAUCAGCAACUAAUGAUUUCUUGUUAUCACUCACUACAAUACGAAACACAACUCAAAGUAAUGCUUUAUUUUCUGGCCUACAAACUAAUUAUUAUUUCAUUACACAAAAUGAUACAAAAUGGCCAGAUCCGUAUCCAGUAGCGUAUGGUAACUGUACUUGUUCAUAUUCACCUAAAUGUAUCGCGCAAUCUGGUAUUUACAAUUAUCCAGAUCCAACGAUUUUAUUCAGUGUACCGGGUAUUUAUAUUGGAUGUUAUGUAAUUGAAUCAUUACUUCAAUCAGAUCUUCGAUGUUUUUAUAAUCAAACAUGUAUAGAUCAAUUACAAGCACAUUUCUUAUCGACUUCUUUGAUGAAUAUAACAACACUUGACGAAUCAUUGUUAGCGGUUCCACCAUCAACCGAUGAACGUCAGCUUCGAAAUGAAAAAAUAUCCACUAGAUUAUUUAUCAUUUUGUUAACUUUAUCUUUGGCUGUGCUUCUCUUAUACACUUCUUUGAUUAAUCUAACGCAAACUGUGAAUGAGAAAGCACCUACAAUGAUAAAAUAUUUAGAGUUAUAUUCAACAUAUCCACAAACAUUAAUAUGCCCAUGUACACAGAUAUCUAUCAAUUAUGGCACAUUUCUUUCUAUUGAAUAUACAUUUCACCAAGUAUGCACUAGUUUUUUUAUUAAACAGGAUUGGAUUCGUUAUCUUUCUGACAAUUAUCAAGCUGGAAAUAUUUCUAGUUAUGACUUUCGAUCAAUGGGUCCAUAUUUAUUUCAAGCUUUAAAUGCAUUUUGUGAAUUAGUCAAUCAGACCAUCUCUAUUCGUCUGAGUCAGUUUAAUUCAAGUCAAUAUGUUAGUGCAUCUGUGAUAUCAUCAGAUGUGUUUAAAUCUCAAGCUCAGUCAUUAGUAAAUCAGUUCAAUUCAUCAACAACUUCUGAUUUUUUGUUAUCAUUAACUAUAAUACGAAACAUGACUCAAAGUAAUGCUUUAUUCGCUGGCCCACUGACCAGCUAUGGAUUCGGCACAGACAUUGGUUAUGAUUAUCCAUUUUUCUACCCGCAAAUAUACGAUGGAUGUAGUUGUGAGAUUUCUGCCGUAUGUUCUUAUUCAUCUAGAAUUUGCGGUUCUGAUGGGUGUAAUUCCCCAGCAUUCUAUGUGCCAGGUUUCUAUAUGGCAUGUUAUAUAAUUGAAUCAUUACUUCAAUCUGAUCUUCGAUGUUUUUAUAAUCAAACAUGUAUAGAUCAACUACAAUCAUAUUUCACAUCGUCAUCUUUCAUCAAUAUCACAUCUCUUGAUGAAUCGUUACCAAGUCGUUUUUUGCCAAAUUCAACAUUUGAAGAAAUAGUUAAUGGUUUAAUGAUUGAACAAUGGAAUCCAUCGGAUCAGUCAGUAAUGUAUGAGCGAUAUUUCAAUGCAUGUCGACCAUCAGAAUGUACUUACACACAACAGACAAAAAAUAGUAUUAUUUACAUUGUAACGACAUUGAUUGGACUACUGGGUGGUUUGAUAACAGCUUUGAAACUGAUAGUGCCACGACUGGUUCAAUUUACUGCGUUUUGUAUUCGAAAAUGGAGAAUGAGAAAUACCGCAGUCAUACCAGUGAUCAAUACAUAA